AUGCGCAGAGGAUUCCUCAACCAACCGGCCGCUCGCAAGAAGCAGCAGAAGCAGCAGACCGCUCCUGCUGCCAGCAAUGAAUCCAGCAAAGUGGACGUCGAAGAUGUUCCUCUCCCGCGCGGUGUGCCCGCCAUCGCACCCGACGUGACCCUCUCCUCCGACACCGCUGCGGCCAGCGUCAAGAUACCUACUGGUCCAGCUAUCGGAGUAUACGAUGUACCACACCACAGCGUUAUACUCAAGGAGUUCACCCGCCGCGCAAAACAACGCACUUUAGACUACGUUAUCACGCAACUCCCUAUUCUACCUGCCUUUUCUCUCGAAGCUCCCACGACCUGCCUCCUCUUCACCGGCAUAAAAGAGGCUAUUCUUGCUCUUCCCGGCUUUCCGAGCUCGUAUGACUACAACGCACCUUGGAGAUACACUCGCGUCGCCGAUGUUCCCGGCGUGGGCAAGGGCUUGUUCGCCUCCGUCUCCCGCCAACCGGGCGACAUCCUGCUCACAGAACGUCCGCUCUUGGUCAUGCCCAGCAUUACCCCCAUCAUAAACGACGGCCGCAACCUCGGGCAGACGAUCGUCAACCAUGUUGUCGAUCGUAUCCUCCCACCUGGUGAUUCCCAGUAUCGGGCUCUGUCCAAUUGCAAGCCCAAUGAACCGAACCCCCUCAAGGGCAUUAUGGACACCAACGCUCUGCCUAUCGGGCCUCUGCCUGGACUGAUGACUCAAGAUUGGCUUGGAGUCGCGGCCAUCGCUUCUCGCAUCAACCACAGCUGCUGUCCCAAUGCAUGUGUCUCCUGGGACCUAGACUCGUUCACCUUCACCGUUCGCGCCCUCAAACCUAUUGCGGCAGGCGAGCAAGUCACCAUCUCCUACCUCGGCUGGCCCCUCGAAAGUCGAACGAAGCGACGCGCCGAACUCCUCGACAAAUACUCCUUCACCUGCACCUGCCCCACAUGCUCCCUCCCAAAAGCCGAAAGCGCACGCUCCGACAUCCGUCGCAACAUCGUCUCUGCGCUCCAGCCCAAGUUCCACCUCGCAACCGCGACCAGACCUCCCACCAAAGUCGCCGAUGCAGCCGCCUAUUACGCCAAAAUCGACGCUGAGCUCAAAGCCUGGGUCGAAGAUCUCAGCCUGCCCGAUGACUAUAUUAUCAAAGAGUGUGUGCGCUAUGUCGAGAUGCUCGAUGCGGAGACCUGGUUCUGCGAAAAGGUGUGGCCGGGGUUGUUGCAGAAGCUUGUCAAGGCGUGUUGUGCGAUCGAGGACGGAGACGGCGCGAGAAAGUGGGCGGAGAGGGCGGCUCUCUUGGCCAAGAUCAUGACGCCGAAAGGGACUGAUCUUGGCUGGUCGCAGGUCGCGAUGCAUCCGGAGAAGAGUGACUGGUGGGGAUUGCGAACGAAGCGCAAGGCUGCGCCGCUGAAGGAUUCUAGUGACUGA